AUGCGUUCUUUGAAAUAUCUUCUCCGUCGUAGUACAAUUGAUGAAUCUACUAAAUAUGCAUAUCGAUGGUUAUUUUCUCGUGCUCAACAAUUACAGCGUCGUUCUCAAUUACAUUUAAAAUCGAAAUCAUUAUUCGGUAUUUUUCGUCAUUUAAUUCAUCAAUAUCAUCGUCAUGUUCCAAUUGAAUAUUUAUGUGGUUCAGCCAUGUUUUUCAAUCGAUUAUUUAUUGUUAAUCGACAUGUUCUUAUACCACGUCGUGAUUCAGAAUCUCUCAUUCAUCAUAUACAACAACUUUAUAAAUCUGAUAAAAACAAACAAUCAAUUAUUGAAAUUGGUACUGGAAGUGGAUGUUUAUCAAUAACAUUAUCUCGUCUUUUUCCUCAUUGGCAAAUUCAUGCAUGUGAUAUUAGUUCAUCAGCCCUGCGAAUUGCUCGUAAUAAUGCACAUCUUCAUCAUUGUUCUAAUAUUGAAUUUCAUUAUGGUGAUCUCUUCAAUUCUCAUUUUCUUGAGAAUAAUUCAUUUGAUAUGAUUAUUUCAAAUCCGCCUUAUAUCUGUAAAGAUCAACUAUCUCAAUGUAAUCAAGGAAUUUUUCAUGAACCUUCAAUUGCUUUAUUUGCUCAUCCACCAUUAAAAUUCUAUUCAGAAAUUAUUCGUCGUGCAAUAAAUGGUUGGCUUAAAGAUGGCGGAUAUAUUGUUUUUGAAUGUUCACCAUUUAAUGUCAAUCAAAUUAAAGAAUUAUUAGAAAAUCAAUUUGAACAAAUCGAAAUUUGUUUUGAUACUAAUCAAUUAGCUCGAGUUAUUUCCGGAAAAAAGAAAUAUUUAAAACCAUAUCAAGAAAGAUAG